AUGACAGGCACACCAACAACAGCCCUGAGGACGCGGCUCGCCCCGACCCAGAACAGUCACACGCCCACCAGCGCUGCGGCGACAACGCUCCUGGUUUCAGACAACGGAUGCGCACAACCGACGCUGCGGGCGGGCAGGUCAGGGUCGUCGCCGCGGAGCGUGUGUGUGCAUGUGUGUGUGCGUGCACGCCCUCCAAGGCGAGACAUGUGCCCAUGUGAGAGUCGAACGGCGGCGGCUGGCUCAGCCAGGCGCGCGACGCAGUCCGUCACACCGUUGCGGAGACUCGAGAGCGGCAACCCGGGGAAGGAGGAGCAGGAGGAGCGGCAGUGCACUCUCGACAUCAAGACUGGACAACGGAAGGGGGAUGGGGGAAUGGAACGGGCGCGAACACCACUUUCGGGGCAACGUGCUGCUGGACUUGGGGCCACCUCUCCCUCUCAUCCUCUCUUCAAAGAUCCGCCGCGACCGCGUGAACCUUGCUGGAUGAGCUCAGAGGGCCAGGCCGCAAAGGUCGGCGCAUCGCCGCCAUUCGGCCAGCUGGAUGUGAUUCAUGCAGCUGCAUGCAUGAAAUAG